UUGGGUCGGUAGGGCGAACGUUAAUAAUAAUCAUGCCGGACGAAAAUCGUAUAAUGCCACGCGACGACGACAGCGUCGAGUUUUAUCUCGCCGCCCUUUUUGAAAAAUUCGAAUCCGUGCGAAAAGAAACGGUGGAAGGCGGCGCGGGGGCGGCGAAAAAAGUUCCGUUCCGCACGGAAAUAAUUACGUUUAAUUUUUGGAAAUCCGUCAUUUCGGAAUGUCUCGCGUCUUUUAUUUACGUGUUUUUGGUGUGCGGCGCGGCUGCAGGCUCGGCCUCCAAUAACGCCCUGUUGGCCACCUCGUUGGCGUCCGGUUUCGCGAUGACCUUCUUGACUCACAUUUUCGGACACGUAUCAGGCGCCCACGUCAAUCCCGCAGUUUCGGUUGCAAUGGGGGUAAUAAAAAGGAUAUCCAUAUUGAGAACCGGCAUGUUCAUCCUCGCUCAAUGCGGGGGUGGAAUUGGUGGGGCUGCCUUUAUUUACGGAAUAACAGCACCGAGGUUUCAAGAAAACAUUCUGCCAUCGGUUGAACUGUUCGACUCCCUGCCUCGUUUCGGGCUUGAAUUUAUUUUGACAUUUACCGUUGUCUUCUCAUAUUUUAUGUCGAUGGACACCUAUAGAAAAUGGAUGGGAUCGAGCUCUAUCAUCAUUGGCAUCACGUAUUCAGCUUGCACGUUUAUUUUCAUUCCGUUUCUAAAUCCGGUCAGAUCGUUGGGUCCUUCUUUUGUGCUGAACAAGUGGAAUAAACAUUGGAUCGACUGGUUGGGUCCGAUGCUGGGCGGUAUGACGUCGGGACUCAUUUACGAAUACAUUUUCAACCCCAACCGCAUCAGAAAACAGAAAAAAGCUCGCGACGAAGAAUCCUCACACGUUCCAUCCGACGACGAUUUGAAUUAUGACGAUUUAGAUAAACCGCAACAGCCAAAAUUUCAUGGGUCUACGUAUAACACGUAUAGGUCGGCGAGCGGGAUAGACACCGGCAGACCCAACUACUGCCCUAGCUUAUGUUCGGCACCUCCGGCAAGAUUAGAAAGGGUGGAAUCUUUAUAUGGGGGUACCAAAUCCCUAUACUGUAAAAGCCCACCACUGACCAGAGCCAAUUUAAACCGAUCGCAGUCAGUUUAUACGAAAUCCAACUCGGCUGUGAAUAGAGACCUGCUCCCUCAAUCCGGACCGCUGGUCCCAACUCAAUCCAUGUACCCGAUGAGGUUAAAUCAACAAAAUCACCUACAAAAUCAAAAUCUACAAAACCAAUUACAACAACGAACCGAACAGACUUAUGGAAUAAGGGGUAUAACCCCCGGUACAAGUUCUAGAUCAGAUAACUAUGGCACAAGUGAAAAACAACUAAGGAGCGAUAACUAUUCCACAACUGAAAGACAACGGCGGGACAAAUAUUCAACGGAAAGCGCAUACGGCACCAGGACUAAUCCGUCAAGCUCUGAUAGCAGCGAUAAUAAUCCCCCACCCUCGAAACCAAACAGAAAUCGCCCAGAGUCAAUGUAUGGUAUUUUAGGUUCUCAACCCAGAACUUAUCAGCCAAAACAAGUAGCAACAUAUUCAGGCCCGCCAGAAGGCCGAAACGUUAUUGGUGGGCCUUCACAGACAAGGCCGCCGCAAAACAACCAAAUUUUAUCGCCCCCAUCCAAUUCUGGUUCCUAUCAUCACCACCACUCACCCAAUCCCCAGCACUAAGUUAAAGCUCAGUAUUAACGUUUAGUAUUAAUCACCAUUAAAUGUUUUAAAACGCUGUAAAUAUGUUUUUUAUGUAUAUUACAUGUAGUUCCUUAAUUUAUAAAGAUUUUUGUUAUUUUUUACAUUUGUGAUAUAUACGUGUAUGUAUAUGAAGUGCAAAAUGAUGUGCAUGUGCACAUAAUAAAAAAAUGUAUAAAAAAUAUUAAACGGUGGUAAUUGGUGUUAAUAGGUAUAUAUUUUAUAGCUGCCAACAAACCCCUGCCGUCGCGUCAAUUUAUUUAAUUUUACACACUGGAUACAUAUUACCAAUGAA